CAGCAGUUAAUUACCUCAACGAUUACACAAGGACCAGAACGCCGAGGGCGUACUUUUCCCUGGGCUGCCGGUCAAGUAGCGAAUGUUCAUUCGGCUUCAAGUGCGCCACCAACCUCAUAAGAUUCGACCCUUUGCACCAGUCCCGCAUCUAACUGUGCGCGACUAUUCAAAUGAUGCGUCUAUCUUGACUUUGGAGCAAAUAGCGGAUGCAGGGUUUCCCAUGUCGAUGCUAGGAGAAGAGAUGUGGGCCCGGCGGCCUUGGGGUUUAACCCAUCGAAACCCGCUAGGACUGCGGGCAGAUGAACCAGCCCCCGUGAUGCUUGUGCAGACCAGUUUUAUAGGAGGUAUAGUCGUACUGUGUGAGUUGGCAAUACAACACGUGCGAUAUGAUAGGACAGGUGGCCGGCAUGGCUGUUCAAGGCAGCUGAGGAGAGGACUUUACAGACAAAGAGACAGAAUUAGCAACACAAAAAGGUAACUGUUUCUAAUCCUUAAUUAAGCUUUCAGUUUUCAAAAAUAGGAAAAAAUAAGAACUUCAAUGGUC